UCUUUUGUUUUUAUUCUCUUUCUCGCCUUGCAUCACGUCAAUCGUACCUUCAAGCCACCGUCAUUGUUAUUUUUCCUUCCUGUACCCGUCCAGCAAAUAAACCUCCUAUUGCAUACCACCCACCAUUUUUCGAAUCAUCAGCGUAGUGACAUUUUGUGAUAUUCAUGGACCCCUCUGACUUUCCUCCUCUUGAAGCCGCCGCUUCCGAACAACCCAACGACAACAGUAAAUCUGCUUCCAAGCGCGAUACAUCGCCGUUGAGCUCCUCAUGGGCUCAAGUAGCUAAGGAUGAAGAUGGUGAUGAUAAGCCAGCUGUGACACAGAAGGCAGAAGCCACGUCUCAGGAUACCUCAAAGCCAGCUCUCUCGGCUAAUGAGCCUCAUCAGAACGUUACAGGAGUGAAGAAAGAUAAUGCAACCUCUACUGAUUCUGCUAAACGCGAUCCUGAAGAAUAUCCCACACUUCAGGAGAGUGCCGCCCGUUCCAACGAAGAUGUCCCCGCAUCCGCUGGCGUCGGCGAUCUCUUGUCUGCCGGAAAAACUGAACACACAGUCACGACGAGUCAAGAAUCUCUGUUACCUCCGAACCCAGAUCGUUCCUUUGCCGCCGUUACUUCGAAUGAAGGAUUCCCUACGCUCGCCGAAUCCACCAGCGAAUCGUCAGACCAUCCACCUUCCAGUGCCGAGGUGGGCUUAUCGGACUUGCCAGAUGUGAAGGACAUGCUGGAAAAACCUUCGGUCAAAGUUCCGCCUGUUCCACCGGCUCAAAGCUUUGCCAAGAUAGCUGCCAAGGAACCACCAGCUCCUCCGGUUGAAGAAACCAUGAGCGAUCGAUUGAAAGAGUUGAAUGCCCAAGCCCCCAAGGCCGAUCCUUUGGCGGUGACCCAUGAAAAUUUCCCUACCUUGAGCCAAGCCAGCCAAAUGGCUGAACAUGGAGCCAAGGACUCCGAAAAACUUGUGUAUUCGGAAAUUGCCAGAAUGGAACAUGUCGCUGAUUUGGAGAAUGAACCUGCAGCACAAGAAUCGGUGUUACCUCCGGGUGGUAAAUCGUUUGCCGAUGUGGCCAGCCGUCAAGAAGGUGACACGUCGGCAUCGCCUGUUCCUUCCAUGGCACAACAUCCCGUUUAUGACGAGGACACAAUUUUGGCCGACAAUGCACGCCAGGAAGCGCGCAAAUACUUGCAACAACAAAAGAACGGGGAACCCAGAGAAGUGAUUCCCGAAAUGGUGAACUUUGACGAACAGCAGCCCGUGUCGGGAGAAUUAAAGGAAGUGAUUGUGGAUAUUCAAAAGGAAGUUGAAAAGGAGCAAGAAAAGGAAGAAAAGACGUUGCCUAGAGAGGCCAAGGCGGCGGUGGCCGCCAAAGGUAGAGGCGACGUCCAAAGCACAGCGUUGUCCGAACGUCUUGCCGUCUUUGACCGUAAAUCUCGUGGCAUCAUCACUAUCUUUGAUACCAUGUGCGCUCUGCGUCGAUUGGGAUAUUCUUGGCUGACAAUCUUACCUCGAACUUUCAUUCUUCACCUUCGUCUCUCGGCGUUGACCUCGCCUUUCAAAUUCCCAUUCAUCUACCGAUCGUUGGGUGAUUUCAUCACGCUUCCCAUCUAUACGGAGCGCUUACCUCAAGCAUUGACGUACCGCACGCCCAUGUUCAUUCAGGAAAAGGAACAAGUAAAGAAAAUGGUUACCACCUAUGGACGAAAGAAGGAAACUACUCAGGGUCUUGGUUUCUGGGACGGAUUCCGUGCUCUUCGAGCUCAUGAAAAAGGAACAUUAGCAUGGUGGAAUUGGAGAUUAUGGGCUAUCCACCGAUUACAAUGGAGCAUCAUGUUCACCAUGUUGCAUGAUCCUCAAAGGGCAAUGGUCACACAAUCGACAUUGAUUGAUCUUCGUGAUCGCGUUGCAUCGUCAUGACGUUGAUCGUUUUAAAAACGAAUUAUCCUCAUUUGGGGUUUCUGUGCAACAUUUAUACAAUUUCAUUUCAGGAUAAAAAAAAACCAAAACCACUGAGAAUCCAACAAAAACAUCAUAACUUCUGUCCAGUGUAUGUAAUAAAUAUUUAGUAUAUUAUUCGCUUUGCUUUAACAUUGAACUGCUUUGGUUUUUGGGUACGGAGUUCAUUUUAUGUGUACAAU